AUGGCACUCCCUCCAUUGGUUCCUCGGCCGAGGUGGCCAGCCGCGCUUGUUGUUCCGGCGCAACAGCUAUUGCCGACGCACAAGGAGUGGGCGGCUAUGCACUCCGAGAUUGAACGACUAUACAUCCGCGAGCGUCGGAAGCUGCGGUAUAUCAUGCAAUACAUGGAGAGGGAGCACGCUUUCAAGGCGACGGAGCAGAUGUAUAAGAAGCGCUUCGCCAAGUGGGGGUUCCAGAAGAAUUCCAGACGCUCGGCCGCUGCUGUGCCGACUUUGAUGAAGGAUGAAGGCAAGAAAGGGGCGAGCAGCGAGUUUGAUCCACCGGGAGAGCUGGGCUCGGUGCCUGCGUUCCCCGGAUUCGCCCAUGAUGACGGCCUGAUGCUCAUGUUCCUGACCAGUGUGCGGAAAUGCAGCAUGGCAUUCUUCGAGCAUAUCCAGUCCCAUCAUGGGAUCCUCGCGUCUCAGCGGCAGCUCCCGAUAAAUCAGCCUUGGCCUGAACAAACCGACAAGAUUAGCUUCACGUUCAAGCUAGUGAUGGAUCUGCUGGACCAAGGCCAUGGCAAUUUGGCUGGCAGGAUGGCCCGAAAGGGAUUCCUGCUGAUUGAAGAUAUGUUGACGCUCGAAGGGCCGGCGCUGGUGUGGAACCUGCUUGAGAUGAUGCACCAUAUGGUGGCGCUGCGUCAUCCGCAACUCUUUCAGAUGUUUCUGGCCCAUCUCACUGCACUGAUAGACGGCCGGAUGCCAAAGUCUCAUCCCAUCUCUGCCAUGCUGCGCGGGCUGCGAGGACUCGUCGCGAGUCUAACAAGUGCGGUUUCUACCCCCAGGAACUCUGUAUCGACGUUGUCGUGGUCGUCGUCGGGUUCACCCUCUCCCUCCAGCGGUAGUAAGACAACGACCACCGCCGGCCCGUGGCUCCUCUCUUACUCUCUUGCAUCUCUAUUAGAGCGGGGAUGGACCCUCAACGCGGAGAUCGUCUUGGACCAUUUUGACCCUCGCCUGUUCUCGCUCUAUUGUCACAUGCACUGCAACGCGUGCUCGAUCGCCCCUCCUUUGGCCAUCGUCAACACAGCGAACGAAUGGGUAAGCAACCUCGAGGCGCAGCAGGCCUCCCGCCUCGCAGCGGAGGCCCGCCAAGCUGAAGGCCUUCUUGACAUCACUUCUAUCGCGACGGACAGGUUGUUACAGCGCCUGCUGGCCCCACGCGUGGACGCCUCGCCGCCUCGGGACUACGAGAUGCUCCGCACGAGCAGCGAUGUCGCGCUUCGGGAAUAUCUGAAUUCUAUCCUCACUAAGGGGUCCGGUGACACCACCAUGUUGCUGCGCAUCCUGGCCGUUCUGGUGACAACCACAAUUCUUGAAGAAUGGCACGCCGUCAUAAAACCGUCGAGUACAGCUAGUAGCGUGACGACGAGUAUUUCGCGUGUUCAAGCGGCGAAGGUCGCGUGGGCGAUGAGGACGUUAAUGGACAUCAAACCGGAGCACCGGGGCGAUGGACCUGUGCCACAUUUGGAAACAGUCGAGCGGAUUCGAUCUAUUGUGGCUCUCCGCGAAUACGCCCACGCGGAAACAGAUCCAGAAGUCGUGAGGGAGAUGUGGCUGCUGGUGGAGGCGCUCGUUGCAGCCGGCGAGUAUGAAGAGGCACAAGAAGUAAGGCAAACUGCGAUUCGUCGGUUAGAGAAGUAUGUACAGGAUAUUCCUCUCAAUUCUGCAUAA